UGACGUCACGUCCAUCGAUUAUUUAGCAUUUUUCUUCUGACCAAUAUCGUUGUCACCUGCUGCUAAAUAUUAAAUACUAUGAAGCGAUGUAUUAGAGCACGUUUUCCCGUCUAGAGAUAGCCUACCAAAGAACGUUUUUAAUUUUACCAUUUCGGUUUACGGCUGCUGGCUUCGAUUAACCCACUUGGUGCGCGAGUGACUGCAUGGUAUAUGGGUUGCAUUGGACCUGUUCUUUCAACAGACACGCUGCACUUUGCCAUGGAGGGGAAACCAGUAGCUACAGAAGCGUAAUCUCUCAUAUCGCCAAAAUUACGGCCAGAAUUAAAUACAACUCUCUGUCUCCGGCCUCUCAAAGGAGAGACAGAAGGUUCAUCAUGUCCGCGAAAGAGAGAUUGAAAGGGAAGGUGACGAAAGACAGCGUUACACUGCUGCCUUGCUUCUAUUUCGUUGAGGUAGCUCCCAAUCCUGGCCUCUUCUGUGGUCAGCCUGUAUUUCCUGGAGCUGACCGACAUGUUCAAACCGGUUCGGUCAGGUUACAGCUGCAAUGACCGCAGUUUGAGCAUGCCCUACAUUGAGCCAACUCAGGAGGUCAUCCCUUUCAUCAUGCUCUUCAGCCUUGCGUUUGCUGGACCUACAGCUACGAUAAUGAUUGGAGAGGGUAUCCUGUAUUGCUAUCUGUCCAGGAGAAAGACUGGGGGGAAAACAGAAGCAAAUAUCAACGCGGCGGGCUGCAAUUUCAACUCGUAUAUACGACGAGCUGUUCGGUUUGUCGGGGUCCACGUAUUUGGCCUGUGCAUCACUGCUCUUAUCACUGAUAUCAUCCAGCUUUCAACAGGUUACCAUGCCCCCUAUUUCCUGACUGUGUGUAAACCCAACUACACCACACUCAACAUGACCUGCGACGACAGCUCUUUCAUUAUAGAGGACAUCUGUUCUGGAGGAGUAGAUCCAGCCAUCAUCAAUGCUGGCAGGAAGUCCUUUCCCUCACACCAUGCCACUCUGGCAGCCUUCGCUGCUGUCUACACUUCUAUGUACUUCAACUCUACAUUGACAGACUCCUCUAAGCUGCUGAAGCCAAUGCUGGUUUUCUCUUUCAUCAUGGGUGGUAUUAUCUGUGGCUUGACCAGAAUCAUCCAGUUUAAGAAUCAUGCCGUUGAUGUCUACUGUGGUUUCCUUAUUGGAGGAGGCAUUGCCAUCUACCUGGGCCUGUAUGCUGUAGGCAACUUCCAGCCCAGUGAGGAUACAUCUAGACGGCAGCCCCAGACUCUCCCACUUUGUGAGCCCCCCAGGAGCAACACUGUACCCAAUGUCAGUCAGAGUGCUGGUUGCCACCUGCAGCCCAACAGCUUGAAUAGUGUGAGCACUACCGAUGGCCUCACUUCAACCCACCCCGAGACCAUCCUCACCCGUGUGCCUUCCUGUCGUGAGUCCAGGUCCCUGAGUAGUCUAAAGAGGGCAAGUGCUGACGUGGAGUGCAUUAACCCACCAAGUCCCCUGGGUAAACAGGACAGCCUGGUGACUUUCAACAGCAGCACAUUACCUAGGUCACAUGGAGGCUCAUUACCCGAGGAACAUCGAUUACCACGUCGCCAUGCCAGCAUCCACGCCUCCAUGGACUCCACACGCUCCAAGCAGCUGCUGUCUCAGUGGAAGAGCAAGAACGAGAACCGAAAGCUCUCCUUGCAGGUUAUGGACAGCGGGGUGUCAGUUGGACGCCACCGUUCCUCAUCAUCCUCCUCCUCUUCACCCCAGAGGACCAUGGAGUUGAGAUGCAGUUCAGAGCCUUCCGCUAUGGGCUUGGAGUCAGAGCUCCGUGCCCAGGGACACAUCCCUGCCCAGUACUUGAAAAUCGCUGCCAGCAGCAUGCCACUGUCUAACAACCUCCCUCAGAAUGGGGGCAACAGCGGCCUGACUGGUGGGGCACGUGUCUCCAUCCAGUCCCGGCCUGGCUCCUCUCAGCUGGUCCACAUCCCAGAGGAGACUCAGGAGUAUGUCAACAGCUGCACUAACAGGAAGGAUGAGGAUGAAGACGACUGGGAGGAUAACCGUGUUGGUUGUGUGGGUGGCUCUGUGCGCUCCAAGUGGCUGAAGGUGGCCAAGGAGAGCACCCCCUGCAGGACUAACAAUUUGACGAACCAGCCACGCAUCAUGCAGGUGAUCACCAUGUCCAAGCAGCAGGGUCUGCUCCAGCACAGCAGCCCUAAGAGCUCAGAAGAUGGGAGCAUGGUCAGCUGCACAGGCUCCAUCCGCUACAAAGCUCUGACUGACCAGGAACCUGGACAGGGCAUUGUGAGGGUGGAGGCCCACCCGGAAAACAAGCCUGUGAUUAAGCCUCCAGACGGCAGUGGCUCCUGGAGGUGGAAGCCCCAGGAGCAGCGGGGCAGCAUCCGCCAGUCAUUUGAGCUCAAUGACCUUAACCGUGACUCAGAGAGCUGUGACUCGCUGAAAGACGGCUAUGGCUCCAUUGACGGGAGGAGGAGCAAGACGGGCAUGGACACCGGCAGUGAGUAUGGAGGUGGAGGUAGUCACCCCCAUGUGCACCACGCACACUACCACCAUCACCCUCACCAGGGCAUCACCACCAUCAGGGUGACACCUGUAGAGGGACUUGGAGGAGGGAGCAGCGAAGCCACCUCUGAAACCCUCUCUAUUGUCUCUAGUCGGGAGUCUACCUUGCGUAGAAAAGGCAACAUAAUUCUGCUCCCUGAUAAAUGUCAGAGUCCAGACAACUCAAAGAACUAUUUCAAAGGGACCUCCACUACACCACCCCCCACUUUUGGACUGGCAUAUAGGGAGUGAACAGCUGCACAGCCUGCCCUUACACUUUCCUUCUCUAUUACCACCCAUGUGGUGGCUCUAUCUAUCCCCCAAUGAGUGGCCUUCUACACUGGAUAUAGUCUGGAGCAGAACAGAACCAAUAAACCCAUUCAGCUCAAAAACUAAACCUUUCUAAAUGCCUUUCUGAAACAGUACAUAUUACAUAGUAAAGACAACAUUUACAGAUACAGGAAAAACAACAACCGGUUAUAAUACAGUGGGGUGGCACAAUAAAUAUGAUGUUAGCUGAGAUGUCAAAAUAGUUAGUUGUCCAGUAAGACAAUGAUAUGUACAGAUGUGGCAAACUAAAGGAAAACCCAACAUAAUGUGUCUCAGUAAAGUGCCACUACCAGGGAUUGGAGGGAUGAAAUACCAUUUACCCAAAAGAUAUUCCCUCAUUUGUGUUUUGAUGAUGGUGGUGGAAAGCACUGCCUAACACUUAGAUCCUUUCCACUUGCCAUACUGAUACAUAAAUCAUGGUCAACUGGGUUGCUCAGCAUUUCUUAUACAUGCCACAGACCAUGAUAAGAUGUUCAUUGCAAAAUUGUAUCAUGCAGGACACAUGUAUGGAAGCACAUGCAUUUGUUAUGUUCAUACACUCAUUUUUUCAGGUUUAUCUUAUAAUUUGUCAUCUGUCUUUGUUAAUAGGGUGGUCUGUCCAUUCCCAAAAUGUCUGAUAAUUUCAAUACUUUUUGGUUUUUGUUUACUUUUAGAUGUGGUUCAAUAGGACAGUACUACCUUUAUUAUUAUUAUUUAUGAAACUAUAGCACAAGCAACAGUCCUUGUUGGCAUACAAAGUAAUUUUGCUCACACUGUCAACCCUCAUUUCAUUACAUUAACUUAAAUCUAUUGAGAAGCACAACCAUUUUUUAAUAUAGCAGUUAUAGUGGUUUCAACUUCAAAUGUUGUAAUAUUUGUUACCACCUGUAAGAACAUUUGAUGGUAAUGAACCAUGCAAGUUGUUUAAGCUUAUGGGCAUGGUGUUUGUUCUAUACAUUUUGCGUUAAUGUCCUAUACUCUAACUUGUCUAAAUAUCUCUGUGUAAUGUGACUGUGAUUCAACAUUGAACUGCAUAGUAAUUGCAUUGCAACGCUGGAGGUGAUUUUCAUCACAUGACUUUCAUACCAUGAUAGUUGUGAAAAUAAAUGUUUCUAUUUUUUGGAAUGUACUUAUUUGUAGUAUUUCAAUUGAGCUGCCAAAAUAUUCAGAUGUCCUUAUUUGCUUAAUGCUAAUUAUUGAUAGACUAUAUUGACUUACAUGUUUAUUCAGUGUUUUUUUCAUACUUUAGUAGGAAAUGAAUUGAUUUGAUAGAUCAAUUUCUAGGAGGACACUAUUACAGAAAUUAAAUAUUAAAUAUUAUUGCAAGGCUGGCAAAAGUCUGGUAACUUUCCUGAAACGUCCUGGGUACCUGUCCAAUUUCCUAGGGACUCUAUGAUUCUUCUGGGAAUUCUGAAUUUUUUAAGUUACCAGUAUUUGAAUUCCUAGUAAUGUCUGCAAAUACACAAUUUUAUUAUUGUUCUUUAUGAUAACAGUGUUUCCCCAAAACAGGGAUUACAGAGUGAGCAAAUGCAGUAUGUUGACAAACAAGGGCAGUAGAUCAUAGAAUGCAAAAUGGAUUAAGUCUGUUAGAUUAUUGCUUACACUACCUAAAGCUGUAUUUAUAGAUGACGUUUGUUUUGGUUAAAGAAAUGAGUUUGUCUUAUCAUUAAGUUGUAUUUGCUGCUAAGUAAUAUUUUGAUACAGUGACCUUUUUGCCUUCUUAUAUAAUGGUCCACAAGAUGUUUUGAUAUUUUCUGCAAACAGCCUGUACAAAUUGCUACUUCUUGCUGUGCAGUAAUUUUAUUAGCAAAUAAAUGUAUGUAUUUAUAAGUAUCAUAAAAGGACAACCACGCUGGAGACCUGGUUCAUUGAUAUGCAGACAGUAAAUGGUCUUAUUAACAAGGUUGUUUUUCUAGAUUGGACAAAGUGACAGCAGAGCCAACAUGGGAAAAUGUGGUUGUUGUUUUAGAUUGUACCAUGCAUGUAAGUCAUGCAAGUCACAACUGAGAGAGGUGGUUGUAUAACAGUGGCAAUGUAGAUAUUUAUGUGUGAUAUGCUGCAGUAGCCAUCAAUGAUUUCUAUCCAGUUUGUUGUGUACAAAGGUAUUAUUAUUUAACAAUCCACAAAAGGAAGAGGGGCAGUACUCUUGUUUUAGAAAGCUGAAACCUUAUAAUAAUAAUAUCUGUGUACAUAAAGCAGGAGUCUCAAAGUUAUUUUAAGAGCCACAUUUUUUCUUUACAGUUAAAUUAAGAUUAGACCAAACAGAAUUGGCUCCUUGACCAAAUCUAGAUCUCGAGCAGCCAGUUGAAGACUCCUGAUACACAAUUGACAUUUCUUUUUCAAUCAUUUAGCAGAUGCACACAUCCAGAGCAACUUACAGUAGUUAGUGAGUGGAUGAAUAAGAAUAGGGGUUCUCAAACAUCUUCUCAGGGACUGGCACCCAAUCCAUGUUUUUGAAUUUUUCCAGAGCUAGCACACCAGUUUGUUUGUGGACUAAUUAUCACUCUCUUGAUAAGGUGAAUCAGAUUAGUUAGUUCAGGACUACAACACAGAUUAGAAAUUUCUUCUGAGGACAGGUUUGAGAAUCACAUGAGACAGCUACGAUAACAUGAGACAAAUUGUUGUUACAGUGAUCAUACAGUAAGCUAGAUGCAUUUGGAUUGCAAACCUAUGGAAUGUUUUGAGGUUUUUGGAUGUAUUAAAAGUAUUUACUAUGUUGCAUUUUUCUCAGUAAUUAAGAUUGUUUUUAUGUGGAUGUUUUUAAAACACAAUUGAUAUAUCAAUAUUAAAUAUUUUUUAUCUCUCAAAGCGUAUAUUAGACAUGACAACUUUUUUUAUUUGCCUGUGUAGAUGUACCUUCCGUAAUGGUUUUAAAAUGUUGUCAUAUCUGCAUGGUCAUUUGAUAAAAUGUAUCUAAACGUUUAUUUUUUGUAUAUGACACCUUUUGAAAGUUAUGGCAGGUACUGUCAGUUGAUUGAUACUGUUCAUUCCUUCAAUGCAAAUAGAAUACUUUGUAACUUCACCAUACAGACAGUGUUGUUACAGCAUAUAAUAGGCAGAACAAUACAUAUUAAAAAUGUUUGGCAGAAAAAUAUGUUUGCUAUUUAUGCUUAGAAUGUUGAGAAUUAAUAGAAAUAUAAUAGUCAUUCUAUCUCUAUCUCUAAGUCAGUUGGUUUUAUUAUAAAUCUGUAAUGUUGGUCUGUGUGCAGUCAGAAUAGAUGGGGUGAUUGGUGGAUUCCUAUUUAUUGGUGAAUAGGAACCAAUCAUUGUGUAUAAGGAUACCAAUAGACACUGUAUUUCACAAUUUUACCCAGUUGAUGAUGUCUAAAAAUUUGAAAUAAAUGUUUGAUAUCAAACUAAAGUGA